AUAGUAAACAACCUAUAGAGACUGUCCUAUUAUGCCAUAAUGCCGUUAACCGCUCAAUUUGUGCGCAAUUUGCAGCGGUUCCGACUAGUGACCUUUGACGUAACUGAUACUCUGCUCCGACUUAAGGAUCCCAUCAAGCAAUACGCUCAAACGGCCGCAGCAUGUGGAAUAACCGGUAUAACCAAAGAACAGCUGGAACCCUGCUUUCGACAGCAUUUUAAAUUGAUGAGCAAAACGCACGCAAAUUUUGGGAGCUGUUCGCCAAACAUGAAUUGGCAAACCUGGUGGCAUCAGCUGGUGAUCGAUACAUUCACUUGCGCCGAUGCCAAUCUACCUAAAGCAAAAUUGCAAACAGUAGCCGAACAGCUGCUCGAUGUCUUUCGCACCAGCGCCUGCUGGACACGAAUCGAUGGAGCAACCAGCUUCGUGGAACGCGUUCGGGACACCGGCAAAUGUGUGGGCAUCAUCUCAAAUUUUGAUCCCUCGCUGUGUCAGGUGCUCAACGCCAUGGGAUUCAGUGAUAAAUUUGAUUUCAUCAUCAACUCCUACGACGCGGGCGUCAUGAAACCAAAUUCCGGCAUAUUCCAAUUGGCUUUGCAGAAGGGCCGGAAUGUUGCACCUGCCGAAGCGCUGCACAUUGGCAACAAGCUGGACAUGGAUUACAUGGGUGCUCGAAAUAGUGGUUGGUGCAGUCUGCUCGUGCAGGAAGAAAACAAGGAGCAGCCACUACAACGAAGUAACCAGCAGCUGCAGCCCGAGGCCAGGCACAGUUUUGCGAGUCUCGCUCAAAUGCUACAGGCGCUCGAGACUAAAGAGAUAUCCUGGUAAAGGCACAGUAAAAGUGAACAGCCUAACCAUACAAA